AUGCCGGUUUGCGUUCAUAAAGGCUGUGAAAAAACUUAUGAAGAAAAGGAUAAUCAUGAAACAGCCUGUCUUUAUCAUCCAUCUGCACCGAUUUUUCAUGAAGGAUUAAAAGGAUGGCAAUGUUGUAGUCGACGAGUUACAUCUUUUGAUGAAUUUCUUGCAAUUCCCGGCUGCACUAAAGGUCGGCAUAGCAAUGAGGUUCCACCUCCAACAGAAUCGAAUGAAACUUCAAAGGAAUCAGAAACAGUUUCUUCUAAACUUUCAAUUGAACCUACAGUUGAUAAAAAUGGAGUUGAGGUAUAUAAUAGUGGCCCAACUUAUACUCCAAUACAAUCAAAACCUGCAGAACCUCCUCAGAAGGCUAAGCCUUCACCACAAGAAGAAAAGCCAGAAGAGGAGGACGACCUUAGUAUUCCAGUUGCACCUGGUACAGUUUGUAAAAGAGCUAGUUGUAAUACCGCUUAUGUGGAUGAUGAAACUAGUCGUAAUGAAGGAUCUCAAUCAGAGUGCGUUUAUCAUCCUGGUACGCCAAUCUUUCACGAAGGCAGCAAAGGUAGCUAUGGAUUUGUGAUUGGUUUGCUAUUGGUUUAUAUUUCAUCGGUUAGAUAUUCUUCUGAAAUACCAUAUUUUUUAGGUUGGAGUUGUUGUUCGCGCAAGGUAUUAGAAUUCGAGGAAUUCUUAAAGAUUAAAGGCUGUAAAAAAGGAAACCAUUUAUUUGUUGGAUCUAGUAAAAAGGAGGAAAUGGAAGAAAUUAUAGAGUGUAGACAUGAUUGGUAUCAAACCCCAUCAUAUGUCAUUAUGUCUGUAUUUUGUAAAAAAAUCGAUAAAGAACGUUCUACUAUCAGUUUUAAAGAAAAAGAGAUGAGUAUCAACUUAAGGACGGCAGAUAGUAAAAUAUUUAAAGAAGUUUUUCCACUUUAUCAAUACAUUGAGCCCGAAAAUUCUAAGUAUGAGUUCCUUUCGACUAAGGUCGAAAUUAAAUUGAAGAAAGCGAAUGGAAUUUCUUGGCCAUCUUUAAGAGCCGAUGAAGACUCUGGCACCGCUACGACAUUUGGUGUUCAAGGAGGGAAUGCUACAGUCGGUGGGAAAGAAUAUAUUCUUGCAAACGACUCCCCAUUAUACGCAAAUCAACAAAUAAAGUAA